GCAGCCGCCGCAGGCCCACGCCGUAAACAGACAAGAUGGCGGCGGCGGCGGCGGCGGUGCCUGGGACCUUGGGCACCUUGCAGGCCAGCCGCGCUCGCUUGGUGGCCUCUUGCUGUGUGCGGCUUGGCCCCGGGUGGAGGCUGCCGGGUUCCUUAAUGGGCCCGCGGGUCGCCCCGGCGAUAUGGGCCCGGGGCUGGGCUCCCGCGGUCGGGGGCUCGGCCCCGCGGAGGGGCUACAGCUCUGAAGUGAAGAUGGAGGAGGAGCUGCGGGUGCGGUACCUGGAGGAGGAGAACCGAGGAAUUGUGGUGCUUGGAAUAAACAGAGCUUAUGCCAAAAAUUCAUUCAGUAAAAAUCUGAUAAAAAUUCUCUCAAAAGCUGUGGAUGCUUUAAAAUCUGAUAAGAAAGUGCGGACCAUAAUAGUCAGGAGUGAAGUCCCAGGCAUAUUCUGUGCUGGUGCUGACCUUAAGGAGAGAGUCAAAAUGAAUCCCAGUGAAGUUGGUCCUUUUGUCUCCAAAAUAAGAGCAGUGAUUAAUGAAAUCGCUAAUCUUCCGGUGCCAACAAUUGCAGCGAUAGAUGGACUUGCUUUGGGUGGUGGCCUUGAGCUGGCUCUAGCAUGUGAUAUACGCGUAGCAGCUUCCUCUGCAAAAAUGGGCUUGGUUGAAACAAAGUUGGCAAUCAUUCCUGGUGGAGGGGGGACGCAGCGCCUGCCACGCGCUAUCGGGAUGUCCCUGGCCAAAGAGCUCAUCUUCUCUGCACGCGUGCUCGAUGGCCAAGAAGCCAAAGCGGUGGGCUUGAUCAGCCAUGUUCUAGAGCAGAACCAGGAGGGGGAUGCUGCCUACCGCAAGGCCUUGGACCUAGCAAGAGAGUUUUUACCUCAGGGACCCGUUGCAAUGAGAGUGGCAAAAUUAGCAAUUAAUCAAGGGAUGGAGGUUGAUUUAGUAACAGGAUUAGCCAUAGAAGAAGCUUGUUAUGCUCAGACUAUUCCAACAAAAGACAGGCUUGAAGGUCUUCUUGCUUUUAAAGAGAAAAGGUCCCCUCGCUAUAAAGGAGAAUAGAAGACACAGAAAUCUUUCAAAUGCCAGUGUAAUAAAUGUACCUCUGGAAGUAUCUUUCAGAUCCAUAUAUGCCUCAGCACCUGGAAUCCCAAUGACCAAAGUGAAGAGCAAGUUCUCUGCAUAGUGAAUUAAGCAUCUGGAGUGGACCCAUCUGUGUACUUUGUUCAAAUGUGCAUCUUGUCAUAUUCAUUCGGAUUUAUAAAGCUAGUAGUGUAUAGUCAAAAACAGAUUCAAAAUUACGUACACAUUUUUAAAUAUUUCCUGCAUAUGAGGCUUUCUGUUCUUAAUUUUUUAAUGUGAAUAAUUUAUAUAUUACACAUUCUAGGAAAUAAUAUUAAUUGUAUGUCUACUGUGCUGCAAUACGAAAUAAAAUUAUUUCUAUAUACCAAAAAUGUGAAGUUAUACCAAAUAAAGUUUCUAAGGGAUUAUACAAUACAUCCACCCAUACAUACAUCUCAGACUGAAAAAGGAAUUGAUAGAUUCUCUGAGCGAAAAUUACCAAAUAUAAAUAAAAUUGGUGAAAAGAAAACUUGGGAA